UACGGAGGGGGCGGUGCCCUACAUGACAGAACGGAAGUGAGAUUGUUUUGGUCGAGCUACGUAGCAGCAUAGGUAUGGAGGCGAAGCAAGAGAGUCACAAGCUGAUUUUUGAGAAGGAGGGGGUUUUUCUCCACACCAAUGCCAAGAGAAGCAAUCAGGACACAACCAUCCCCGGCUUUAUUCGGAUAGUUGAGAGGGAUGGGGAGCCAGCAUUGGAAUGGAGCCCUAUUGAGGAGGAUGGGAGAAACGCUCCUGCUGUCUUCUACACCAAAAAGGAUGGGGAGGAAGGUGAAGAAGAGACAAAGUUUGACCCUGGCUAUGAGCCAGACUGGGCCGUCAUCAGUACAGUCAAGCAGAACAGACAACAAGUCCGUUCACCAGUUGUGGAAACAGGUCACUGGAGCGCCUUCUCCCUACCCCUGUCAGAGCUGUACUGCCUAAAAAGAGCGCGGUUCUCUCUAGGCAAGAACUUCCUGGUGCUGACCACCAGAGGGGGCGAUCCUCUCCCUCCACUGCACUUCCAUCGAGGGGGCACUAGAGAGCUGCUCUUAUCCAUGCAGCGGUACAUCAGACUAGCCCCGUCGCCCCUCGAUGGUAGACUCUUUCUGGCAUACCCGCAUGAUUCUGGAGCCCUUUCGCAGUCGUUUGAUGAGCUGCACCUUUUUGACGAUACCAGUGCAGACCUUGUCUCUAGGUUCAUUCAAGACCCUUACGCCACCACGUUUGGCGGGUUCUCCAAAGUGACAAACUUCUUCCGGGGAGCACUCAGACCCCCGGAGUCACCCCUCGGUAACCGAUCGCCACAGGCUGGUCAUGGUCCCCACCCGAGUGAUGAAGAACCUGGCUUUGAGCUCAUCACUUGCGGGGCUGAGCUCGGACCCAGACCGGUUGUCGAAAGAGGAGAACCAUUGAAUGAUUUUGAUCAGUUUUUGGAUUCAGAGGGGCGUGUCACAGAUCCACAGCGAGUCAAAGAGCUGGUGUUUAGAGGGGGCAUUGUUCCAUCUCAGCGGAAGGAGGUGUGGAAAUUCUUACUAGGAUUUUACCCAUGGAAUAGUACAACCAAAGAGAGAGAGGACAUUCUGAGAGUCAAAACAGAUGAGUAUUUCAGAAUGAAGGUUCAGUGGAAAUCGGUUAGUGAAGAUCAGGAGAUGAGGAACUCUCUCUUCCGAGGACACCGCAGCCUCAUAGAACGGGAUGUGAACCGAACGGACAGACAACAUUCCUUCUUUUCUGGAAAUGAAAACCCAGGGCUUGCACUGCUACACGAUGUCCUGAUGACAUACUGCAUGUUUAACUUUGAUCUAGGUUAUGUCCAGGGGAUGAGUGAUCUACUAGCUCCUCUCCUUUUUGUUACUCAGAAUGAGGUGGAGUCCUUCUGGUGUCUGACAGGCUUUAUGGAGCUUGUGCACCAAAACUUUGAAGAGUCUCAGGAGGCCAUGAAACAACAACUCUUUCAGCUCAGCCUCCUACUACGAGCAGUUGAUCCAGAGCUGUGUGACUACCUGGAUUCUCAGGACAGUGGCUCGCUUUGCUUUUGUUUCCGAUGGUUACUGAUUUGGUUUAAGAGAGAAUUCACUUUUGAAGACAUUCUAAGUCUCUGGGAGGUGUUUUGGACACGUCUGCCCUGUGAAAACUUUCACUUACUUAUGGCCUGCGCCAUUCUUGAAUCACAAAGACAAGAGCUAAUUGGAUCAAAUCAUGACUUUAAUUCAAUACUUAAGCACAUUAAUGAGCUGACCAUGAAGCUGAAUCUGCGCGUACUGGUCUGUGAUGCAGAAGCUAUUUAUUUGCAGCUGGCCCAUUGCAAGGAGCUUCCUGUAAAAGUGCAGGAAGUCCUAGGAUUAUAUGUCCCAUCAAAACCAGCAGAAGAGAAUCCACACUCGGUGCCAAGAGAGACUGACAACCUGCUCAGCCAGUCAGAGGUCAGAGGAGCUACAGCCUGCCAGUCUGAUAAUGGCCAGACACCACAGUGCCCACCUCCAACAUACCCUUGAUUCAUGUAGUGAGCAUUUUAAAAGAAAUUUAAUUCAUACAUUUGUUUCUGAAAUUUUGGUGAACGUAAUCCAGAGAGAAAUCUACAACUGCAGCAACCUAAUUAGAAAAUGAGACUUUUAUACAUUACUUUCCUGAGAGAACAUUUUCAACAAGCUGUCUGUGGUGUGUGAAUGACUGAUGCAGAUAAAGUCAUGAAACAGAUGAAAAUCAUACAUCCUGUAAUGCUUAUAGUGUGUGCAUAAUUUUACAGCUCACAGAUUACUACAUAUUUUACCCAUUCAUAUUUUUCUUGAUACAAAAGAAUUGUAUAUCUCAUUGUUGAUGUGGUUAUAUGUUUUUGAGUUAUUUUUCUUCAUGCAUUUGUAUGUUAUUGUAUAUUCUAGUUUUUCUCAUUACCUGUCUCAACUUUUUCAUUCUUCAUAGAGAUUGUAAUGGUCACUUUUAUUAACAAUAUAAUGCCGUGCAUGUAAUGUGGCUUAAACUUGUAAUUGCCGUAUAAUAAUAUUAAUUGUAUAGAAUAAAAUACAUAUAGGAAUUA